AUGGACGAAGAUGAAGAAGAGGAGGCUACGAGCAUGAACCCGGAGGGACCAGCCGACCAAAGAGAAGCAGCCCGAGAGGCCGCCCUUCAGGGACAACGCGAAUGGCGUACAUUACUUCGGGAUCCGGCGUUGCAACGGGUCAAGACAACCAAUGGGAAUUUAUGCGAGAAUGGCGACGGGAGAACCAGCUGGAUGGCUCGUCAAGAAUCCGUCUUGAGGCUUGUGAGACGCGGAUUGAGCACCUCCAAGCUUAGGGGAAAGACAGAUGGACGAAGGCAGAAGCCUUCUACCGGCUUAUUAUGCGAGGUUUCAACCUCUAUCACGAGUAGAGCUUCCUCCCCAGAGGCCGGCGAGGGCGCCGAAGGCGCCCCCUCGCCGCCCCAGGUCUGCCCCGCCGCGGCCGCGGCGGCCGCCCUCCCCGCGGACCUGCUCCGCCACCACACGCACGCGGUGGCCCCCGAGCAGGUCUGCUCCGCGGCGGUGCAGACCAUCGACGCGCCCCUCGAGGCCGUCUGGUCCGUGGUGCGCCGCUUCGACCGACCCCACGAGUACAAGAAGUUCCUCAAGGGCUGCCACGUCAUCCUCGGGGACGGCCGCUCGGUGGGCGCCCUCCGCGAGGUGGCCGUGGUGUCCGGCCUCCCGGCCGGGACCAGCACCGAGCGGCUCGAGAUCCUCGACGACGAGCGCCACGUCAUCGGGUUCAGCGUCGUCGGGGGCGACCACCGCCUCCGGAACUACCGGUCCGUCACCACCGUCGCCGCCGGCGGCGGCGGCGGCGGCACGGUGGUGGUGGAGUCGUACGUGGUGGACGUGCCGCCGGGGAAUACGGAGGAGGAGACGCGGGCGUUCGUUGACACCAUUGUCAAGUGCAAUCUGCAGUCUCUCGCGGAGAUUUCGCGGAAAAAUAAUAAUACUUCAUCUGUCCAUGAAAAAUAGUCUGAUCGGAUUUGGUGAGGAUGGGAUACUUUUUUCUUUGUAGAUCGGUUUUCUAAUUUAUUUUUUUCUUUUAAAACUAAAUUAUAUGGGCUGAUUAGUAAUGAUAGUUGGUGUUUUACAUCAUGUUGAAUUAGUUCUUGGAGAUCAUUAUUUGAUGUGUUUUGGCAAAUUAUUGUACAUAUUUUUAUGCUUGAAUUAAUCAAGAUCUUUUUAGGUA